UGCCCGUCGACAUGUCAUAUAACGUGCAAGAGAACCUUUGAUCAAUCACUCCUUCGUUCUUGCUACUACGAAGCUCUCUUCGUGGUCUCACGCGGCAGUUUAAACUUCGGUUCGGCCGUUGACUUUUAACUUACCACGCACGCGCACGUGGCGAAGAGAAGAGACCUGCAUUAACACAAUUUCCAUCGACUCAUCGACCUUGUCGGCGACAUCGAACAUCAAUACCGAAAUCUCCUUGGUAGAGCAACUUCACCUUCACCACCAAGCGCGGUGCAUUGCACCAACCGUACAAUCCCGACAUCAUGGCCUACUCCUUUCUGACCCGGCACCUUCCCCGGCACAUUCAGGACCACAACGAGGCCAACACCACGUUGGAACUUCACUGGGCAUACCCGGACAGAGUUCUACCAUGCACAAAAGACGCUGGCACCUGCGAGUACCUCGCCGCCGUCUACUGGAUGCACGAUACCUCGAUGUUGUACACCUUCAUCAUGUGGGGAGUGAUUCUCGGUGUAUUCGCGCUUUGGGGCGGUCUCCGACUCGCCAGGUAUACGGAAGAUAGAAAGCGCGCGAUCACAGGCGCACCCAAGCCGGUAUCGACGUCGCCAUCGAUCCUUGCGCGUUCGAGGGAACUGCGGAGGAGGUUUCUCCUGGUCGAAGCUCCUUUGCCAAUGCUGUUCGGUAGGACUUCAAGGCUACAGUUGGCGCUGCUGGCGGUCAUUUCGAUCUACUUGACCAUCUUCACAUUGGUCGGUAUCACAUACAAGGAAUGGUAUACGCCCAUCAAGGGAAGCACUCUUACCAACUACCGAAGUGGUCUGGGUGGUUGGUCUGAUCGAAUAGGUGCUUUGGCCUACGCGUUGACGCCGUUUGCUGUUAUGCUGGGAAUGCGUGAGAGUGUACUCUCCGUGGUGACCGGAAUUCCUCACCAACAUUUUCUCUUCCUCCACCGUUGGCUCGGCCGCAUCAUCUUCAUUCAAGGCUUCCUACAUACCCUGGGCUGGACGCUCAUCGAGGGAUUGUUCUACAAACCUCAGCCGGACAUCUUCGCCAAGUUCAUGAUACAGACCUACGCCAUCAUGGGUGUCAUCGCCAUGUUCCUGAUCACGCUGAUGCUCUUGCUCAGCACCAAGACUGCAAUUCGAUGGUUCGGUUACGAAUUUUUCAAGAUCACGCAUUGGCUCAUUGCAUUACUAUAUCUCGGCGCUUGUUGGGGCCACUGGUACCAAUUGGCAUGCUGGAUGAUUCCCGGCAUCGCUUUGAUGUUCAUCGAUCAGGGGUUGCGAUUCUUGAGUAUGGCGAUUUUGCACACCUCAUCAAAAUCUGGCGGUCUUGCUCCCGCCUUCAAGGCUGCCGAUGCCCAGAUCACUACCUUUGGCGAAGAGGAGGAUGUCAUGGUCCGCCUCGACUUCGCCAUGAACCACCAGCAAGCGUGGUCUGCUGGUCAACAUUUCUUCCUAACCUUCCCCAGCCUCAGUCUGGUGCAGACUCACCCUUUCACUGUCUCUUCAUUGGCCUCCGAAAACCCACACAAACCUCAUCAUCACAUGUACUUGCUCCGCGUCCGCAAAGGUCAAACGAAGCAAAUCGCCGCCGUUCAGACUCCCACAAUCUCUACCAUCCUAGCGGGACCCUACGGCACUGCCUUCCCGCACCAGGACACCCGCCACAUCCUUGCCGUUGCCGGAGGCAGCGGUGUCUCCUUCACGCUCCCCAUUGUUCAAGAAUCACUUCUUCGUCCUUCCAGCGGCGUGAUCGACUUCGUCUGGAUCGUCCGGAACAAGCGUGAUCUGCUCUGGAUCGCCGACGAGCUCGCACAACUCAAGCGUGCGCUCUCCCGAAACCUCGGUCUGCGCAUCGCCAUCUAUGUCACCCGGGACGUCCUACAUAGCGAAAAGCCCGUCGCGCCCGGGAGUGCGGCCGUGCCCGCGGUGAUCGAAUCGUCAUCGUCGGACAGCGACAGCGCAGCGGAGAAGCCUACGCUCACUCCUCGAGUGCAAGAAUUGACACCGGCGCAGAGACAACAGCGUCUGGACGAGCUGAUCCUCGCGCCUUCGGGACAAAAGGGCGGUGAGGCAUCACGAUUCAGCAUCGACUUUUUGAGCAACCAUCAUCCCGAUCUUUCGGAGAUUGUGGCGAAAUUCAGAGAACGUGCUGCGGGUGCUGGAGGCAUCGAGGACGAUGCGGAGAUCGUCGGCAGUGGACCUGAGGACAUGGGUGCUGAUUUACGAAAGGCGGCCGCGGCUGGCAACGGUGUUAGCAUCGGAGAGCGAUUCCAUUGGGAUGCGCGAGAGUAGUUUGAAAACUUUGCAUAUUUUCACGGCGCUCUAUGAAAUGAAUUCGCAUUCUACCACGCAUCUGCUUUAGUGAAAAAGCAUGCAAUAUCCGUUCGGAAAAGACGAGGUAAUUCUCUUACUUCAAUAGAUGGCAGAUCGAAACUUUGAAGUCGCGAUGCUCAGCUACUCGAUGAGGUUGAUUAUUCCUUUCUUGCUUAUCGUGUCGAUCGGCUCGAUGCUCAUGUCGUAUGAUAGUCGUCCCAUGGAUAUAAGGCAUUGGUGUCAGUACUCAGACUCAGCCUUCGGUCAUGAGCACCGCAAUCUUCCAGAAGUCCAGCAGACAUCAAGUGAAUCUCGUUCUUGGCACUUGCGGUUGAAUAUACUAGCAGCAUUGUUCCUGUUGAUUCAU